AUGCCAUUCAUUAAUCAGUUGGCUGCAUGGCAGGCGGCGCAGGCGGCGCAGGGAAGUCACACCGUGCAGGGAAGCCGGGCCGCGCAGGGGAGCCAGCCCACGCAGGCAUGGUUAUGGGGCCCCGACCCCGGUACUGGCCGUGAAUGGUCGUCCGAGCGGUUCCGGGAGGCGUUGAAACGGGAAACCCGCACCCGGCUAGGCACUGCCAUCCAUAUCGCCGCAUACCGGGACAUCGCCAUUGGCAUCAGCCGCCGAUUUUUGCGGCCGUCCACCGCGUUCCCCCAUAAUAUCCAGGAGGCUGAGCCGGCCCCAGCUGCCAUGGAUGCUGAUGCCGAGGAGGGCAUGGAUAUUAAGCCGCCCAUUCAUUACACGUCGCCGGCAUGGUAUAUGGCCGUGUCAUGGUUUAGCGCCCCGGGCCACCCAUCCAUAUUAGGCAAGCAUAAAUGGGCCCCGUGGGAGGAUGAGGCCGAGGUCAGCCGCAUGGAACGCCGCCACCAGCUGGCCACCAUGGAUCUGGAGGCUGCCGCGCAGCGCAUGACCGGGCAGCCCGACAUGCGGUUCCGGGGGGUGCAGGACCCGGCAAUGCGGGCCAUCCAGCGGGGUGAGAGCCCCGUGGUGGCGGUGAUGCCCACUGGUGGGGGGAAGAGCAUGCUGUUCAUGGUGCCCGCGUUUGCCGCCCCCGGGGGCACCACCAUCGUUGUGGUGCCACUCAUCGCAUUACGGGCUGAUAUGACCAGGCGCUGCCAGGAGCUCGGCAUAUUGUGUGUGCCAUGGGAGAGCCAGCAGCCCCCUAAUGCCGCAUCUAUUGUGUUGGUGACGCCUAAAUCCGCGGUGAGCCCUGAUUUCCAGACGUUUUUGAACCGGCUGCGGUGGACCCGGCGGUUAGACCAGAUCAUGGCUCAGCUAGGCCGGUUGGUCCAGGCCCGCACCCAGAUGGUAUGGUUGACCGCCACGUUGCCCCCGAGCAUGGAGGCUGAAUUAUGCCGGUGGAUGAAGUAUGACCGGGCCGCCGUGACUAUAUACUGGGCCCGGACCAGCUGGCCGAACGUGGCAUACCGGGUGUGGCGGCCGGACAUGACCGGGGUGGGCCGGGGCCCAUAUCAGUGGAUCAAGAGUGAGGCGGUGGUGGCAUUCAUUCAGGACCGCAUCCGACGGGCUGCUGGGGGGAAGGUCAUCAUAUAUGCAAAUAUCAUUGGGCAGGUGAUGGCCAUGGCGCGGGUGCUUAGGUGUGAGGCGUAUUACAGUGAGCAGUUGGACAAGGCUGGGGUGCUGGCGCGGUUUAUGGGGCCAGCCCUGUGAUUGCCGCCACUAGCGCGUUAGGCAUGGGGGUGGACAUCCCCAAUAUCCGCAGCAUCAUCCAUAUUGGGACCCCCGGACGUUACUGGAUUACGCGCAGGAGAGUGGCCGGGCUGGGCGAGAUGGACAGCAUAGUGAGGCAAUUAUUAUCCAGCCAGCUGGGUGGGAUGCCCCAGCUCCAUGGAUGGAGGGCAUCGCCCAUGAGGACCAGGAGCGGGUUGCUGAGUAUAUGGGGGUGGUGGAAGGCAUUAGGUGCCGCUGGGUCGU